AUGCUUGGAUCGUUUGUUCUAGCUUUGGCCUUCGGCCACUUAGUGGCGGCUUCAGAAGCAUCCCCUGGCUCCGAAACACAGUUGUUUGUCAAAAACGGAAACGGAAACGACGCCAGUUAUGAGCCGUGGAAAGCAUUCGACUAUGAAAGUUGGACUCCCGAUAACUCCUUGUACAAGGACGUCCCCAUGGUCGAGAAACAUACUGUCAUAGACGGCAAAGAUUUCGUUUACCAAGACUUUGACAUAUCCGCACUCAGCCUAGACCAAUUCAAAGAGCAUGUCAUGGCCACAUCUGACUUCAGAGAUGACCAGGGCAAUUUGGUCUCUUCGGAUCAGGGCGCUCAAGCCUACCAAGAGACCUUGAUUGCUUCUGCAGUUGAUGCCAACACCAGCAUUGCUCUCCCCAGCCAUAUUGAUAAGAGAGCUUUCCCGGACGGCUGUUUUUACGACUCCAGGCUGCACUGCAAUAGUGCCUGUACCAAGCUGAUCUCACGUGGUGUUCGACAAUCGAUUAACAGCAACGUCUACGGGUACUACCAUUACCAGUCUGGUUCAUUAUGUGGAACAGGUUCCAUCACAAAAACUGUGUCCGUCACUCAUGUUUCUGGUGUCACGAUUGGCGGCAGUGGCCAAAUUCCCGGGUUUGGCAAAGGGUGGACAAAGGUUCUGUCAACCUUUUUCAGUACUUUUGGACUGACUAUCUCUCAUACUCCUGACAGUGUUACUACUGCCAUUAGCUAUGCUGGCACUUGUGGCCCCUUCAAUGUCUGCUUCCUCUGGGAGAGGCCCCAUUUCUCAGUUGACAAAGGUGUCGUUGUUACGCAACAUAUUGAUGUGAAUACCAACAAAGCUUGCUCUAACCCUACCGUUACUCCUUAUGAGGCCCAUGUGGUCCACACAGAAUCCGAUCCCGGCGGUGCUACUGCUAAUGGCAUUUGCUACUCCAUGGCAAACCACGGAUGUGGUCGUAGAGUCGCCGCUUCUUCCACGCUUCAACGUUGCCCUAAUAACUACUAG